AAAGCUAGAGCAAAAAAAACCCCGACACUGUGGUUUUUUCAUUAGUUAAAUAAUACAUCUCUACAAUUAGGUUUUAAAAACGGAAAAACAAAAAAAAAUCGUGGUUUAUUGUUUUUUUUGUAGAUUUUAUUUUGAAACGGAAAAACGAAUGAUCGAACCACACACACACGGAUUAUUACCCUGGGCGCAUGGACUGUUGGUAACAUCCUCCUUUCUCCCACCGCCUUCACUGCGUCCAGGUUGCAGAUGGUAGGAGACAUGAGGAUGCUAGCUUUGUGUUUUGUAUGAAUUUGCUGGGAGAAAUGUUAAUAUUUGGGAGCAUUGUAGGGAGGAUAAAUCACAUUUAAUGAAUGCAAAAGAAAGUUCAACACUUAUUCCAGUGUUGAAACGUUGUAGCUCCAAGGCAGCUGACCUGAGAUCAGCCCAGAUGAGCUCCACCUCCUGCUGUCCUCACUAAUGAAGCAGCUGGAGGCGCCUCAGGUUUGGACUGACGUGGUUCUGCAGGUGAGGAUCCAGAAGCGACCAGACAUGAACUUUCUGCUGCUUCUCUCCUUCUCUUUCCUCGGUGUUUCUGCUCUGAGUCCGGCGGAAGAGAUGAAGAGUCAGGAGCGGCUCUUCCUCAGCGCCCUCGGCCUCUCCGAGCGGCCUCGGCCGGCAGCAGCAGCCCGGCAGGCCGCAGGACGCCGCGUCCCCUCCGCCCUGUGGAGGAUGUUCCGGAGGAGCGACGGCGCCGAGGCCGGAGGCAGCGAGCCGUGCACGGUGAACGAGUACGGAGUCCGAGGGAACAUCAUCCGGUUCGUGCAGGACCAAGGCGGUUCGGCCGGUCCGAGCAGCAGCUGUGAUUCCUGCCUGGAGAAGCAGCUCUUCUUCAACAUGUCCGUCCUGCAGCCUGUGGAGCUGCUGUCUCUGGCCCAGCUGGAGGUCACGUUCCACUGGAAGCCCCUCCGACCCGCCGAGCUCCUGCAGAACCAGCGUUCCGUCAGCGUGUCCCUCUACAGAGUGAUCCGGUCCACGCUGAGGGGGGCCAGUCCUCAGGCCAACCGCCGCCCGCUGCUGUCCCAGACGGUGAAGCUUCAACCGGGCCCGACGUCCCUCAAGAUGGACCUCACCGCUCUGGCAGAAGGUUGGCGCAAACCGGGACGCAAUUACGGUCUGGUUCUGGAGCUGCUUGCUCCCAGCGCGGAUCCCUCCUACUCGGCUAACCUGCUCCCGGUGGAUCCGACCCUCGCCCUGCCGCUGGUCCGGGCCUCUCUGGUGGCCGUGUCCCUGAACCCCCACCAGUGUCGCUCCAGGCAGAGGAGGAGCACCUUCCACGCCCCGCUGACGCCCAGCAGCGUGUGCCGGGCCCGCCGCCUCUACGUGGACUUCAGGGACGUGGGCUGGCAGGACUGGAUCAUCGCCCCGCAGGGCUACAUGGCCAACUACUGCCACGGCGAGUGUCCCUUCCCGCUCAGCGAGAGCCUGAACGGCACCAACCACGCCAUCCUGCAGACCCUGGUCCACUCCCUGGACCCCGUCGGCACGCCUCAGCCCUGCUGCGUCCCCAUCCGCCUGUCGCCCGUCUCCAUGCUCUACUACGACAACAACGACAACGUGGUGCUGAGGCACUACCAGGACAUGGUGGUGGACGAGUGCGGCUGUCGAUGAGGACCAACGUUUAGCGUCUUAAACAGCUGCUAUCGGUCGUAUCUGUUGAGAUGUCUGAUAUGAUGGGAUGUCUUUCCCCUCAGGGAUUUUUACAGAAUCUAAAAUUUGUAUUUGCUUGUUGUCAUGGAGAUGUCUAAAGGUGUCUCUGCAUUUGAAAUCAAAGUGUUUUCCAGGGUAGAGUUUUAUUAAUUGGUUGUUGUCUCUGAAUAAAGUUGUGUUUUAAUUAACUUCA